GCCAUUGCUAGAAACAAGAGGCUACCAGCGGAACAGUAUACCCGGAUGAAUAAUGGCGUCGGCUCAGGUUGACCGAGUUCCUCGGACAUGCUGUGCAAAAGUAUUUAUCCAGAGAGAUUACUCAGAAGGAACAUUUUGUCGCUUUCAAAAUAAAUUUCCACCAGAAUUGGAAGGGAAGGUCGAACCGUCUGUGUUUGAGCAGACUAUGAACACGUUAAACUCUAAAUAUUAUGAAGCAGAGCGACGGGCCUCUAGAACAUACUGUGAAGGGUGCUUAGCUUGCUUGACAGCAUACGUCAUCUAUUUGUGUAUGGACACACAUUAUGAAAAGUGUUUGAAGAGCAUUGCCAGAUACAUUCAAGAGCAAAAUAAAUCCGUAUACUUGCCAAGAGGGUUGAUGAUAGUUGAUCCCAUUGAGAGAGGACUACGAGUUGUGGAGAUCUGCAUUCUUCACGAUACAUCUGGCAUGAAGUCUUGACCUGAAGGUAUAGAUGAGUUCAGUUGUUGUGAGAAUCUACAGUAUUUUAAAGCAUCGGCUGCGUGAGACUGGGAGAAUGCGCUCUGUCGUAGACUAGAACACGUACCAUCAAGCCACUACUUUUAUUACACUCACACCAUUAAGUCAGGUAAUCAGCGAGGGAGCGUGUGUAGAGUAUAAUAGUUAUAGUGUCUCGAUUUGUAUCUACGCGCAAUUUUUAAUCCAUACGGCUGCUUGUACAAAUUAUAUGUUGCUAUGUAAAAGGUGUGAAGAGAAGUCCUUCUUGUGCAGUGCUGUGAAAAUAUAAAUGACACGUGGGUUCUAUGACUGGACAAUGUACAGAAUACUCUAUACGUGUACAUCUGUAGAUAUAAAACAUGUGGUGUCUAGUAUGUUACAGUAUGAUGACAUGUGUCUUUUCUCACCCCAAAUUCUGAAUGCAGAACUGAAGAGGAAUUCUGUUGUCUGUGGGCAGGAUUAAUAUUAUCAGCUAUUAUAUAAAUUGUGUACAUAAUUAAACUAUUACUCUUAAAGGGCUCUUCCAAAAUAUCUGCCUGAUUAUCCAGUUUGUUUGAACUGGAAUCCCAUUUAUUAAAUUACAUCUCAUUCUAAACGAUCCUCAUAAACGCAAUAUAUGUUUCACUACUGUCAUGACGGCUACAGCUAUUCGGCGUGCUUUAGCAGGAUUUUUAUACUGGCUAAAACAUGCGCAGCACUGACUUAUUGACCACUAGAGUUUUGUGAUGGGAGUGUGUCUAGCAAAAUCCUGGUUUUAAUGUUUGCUUUACUAUGUGUGGUUGUGUGGGCGGGGACGUGGCAGUCGUGUGUCAACAGUUGGUAGGUUAUCAAAGCUCAAAGAAGUGGAGUUAGAGAACGAAGGCUGGUUAACAUUGCCAUAAUAUUGCAUUUAAUUUACACCCCAUUUUAAAGUGAUAAAUAUUGAACUUUAGUAACAUUAACUCUUGCUUCACACUGUGCUUGAGUUCAAAAUUAUUAUUAUAAUUAAGAAGUAAUGAUUCAUUUCUCUUCAUGCUGAAUGAGUAGCCCAAGUCAUGCAUGAUUUCCAUAACACAUUAUUAGGUUUUUUUGUUAACGUUCUCCCAACUUUUAAAAACAAAAUGUAUGUGUUUAAACAAAAUUCACACCAAAAUAAGUCGAGUGUAAAAUUCAGCAUGACAGAGACAAGACUUUGCAGAUGAUCACUGCUGAUCAGUGUGGUCCUAUUGCAGAUCUGCGAGUCCUCAUAACAGAAAUAACGCUGGUGCGUGCAAUUGUAUAUGUCUGUUUGACGGAAAUGUAAUUGUUUAAAAGGCACUCCUAAUACUUUCCUGCAUCACAUCUACGUUUGCCCUAGUCUUGCGAGAACCACAACGUUUUGAUUGAAGGCAGUUAUGUCCAUUAACCAGCGUGAAGUAUAUCCGUGAACCAGGUGGUGUAAGGUGUAAGGUGAAUGAUGAAUGAUGAGUGAUAUGUAGAGACAGAGGAGAGGCUAGAUACCUACUGCUGUUAGCACGACUGGCCAUUAUUUAUUAAGUACCGCUACUUUCAUGUAAAUAUACACGAAUAAGUUGAAUAAACUGAUGGGUAAUAAUGAUAAUGGAUAAACGUUUACUUUCGUUUAAAGGAGCUAAAGUAAAAGGUCAGGUUUCGGUCAGCAUACAAACUGUAAAAGCAUACAGUGUUACGGAAUUCUUGCGUUCUACAAGACACGUGUCUAACCAGAAUUUCUGUAAUGUGAAUCACGUUUUCCGAUUGAAUGCCAUGAUGUAAUUGGAGAUGCAUUUCUACGGAAAUUUCUUUGACCAAAAAAAGUAAUAUAAGAGCAACUGCAUGAAAAUGAGAUUUGGACACAAAAGAUAAUGAAUUCAACUUAAUUACCCUAAGCGAAAUUGAGUGUGGUGUAGGUGAGUUGGGUAAAUACGAAUUAAAUGCGAAGGAGAGAGAGCUCAGAGGCAUUGAUAUUUGCUUGCUUGUAAUGUAAAAUACAGAUAAUACACCAAAGUGACUCGGAUUUAGCAUAUUCCGGUUAAGUUCUCGAGCUAAAACUGGCACGUUAAAAGCUAAUCCACCCGACCGGACUUUUGAUGGAAACUAAGUAGAUUACUGUACAAAAACCUUCUCAUUCUUUUUCUCCGUAAUUCUGGUUAUCGUAAUGCAGGGGGCAGUACUUUGAACGUUUAUCUAUAACAAGAUACUGUAAAGAUUGUACAGAUAUGUUCAUCUAAUUACUGUAAAUGACAGAUGGUAAAAAAUGAUCUUGCUUCACCUUGCUUAUCAAAAUCUUCCUAGUAGGUAUAGUGAUGAUCCAGUGACCGUGCUAAAGCACCAUAAUUUUAUUUCUGCUUAUUCAUUGCUGUGUAUGUACUAUUUUACAUCUAAAUGUCAUAUGGGCAAUUCAAGUCACUUAUGUCAUAUAAACACUACAAGUCUACAAGUAAGUAAUCCUUUAAUGUUUUUGAAUUGACUGUCGAAUUUUGUCAUGCAAGUUAUCUAUAGAGAAAGUCACGUGCAAGAGCCAAGUUGGUCAAAAACGUUUAAUCGAUCUGGUGUGAAUUUGUUGUCAUGCAGUGUGUAUAAUGGGCAUAUAUCACAAAAAAUUAGUGCUUUAUUGAAUGGUCAGUGGCAGAAAUAGAUCGCAUAUAACGUGUAUGUUAUCUGUUUUUACUGGAAAUGUGACUUUGCAAAAAGCAUAUAUAUUACGAGUUUCUCUUUCGUUGAUAUAGAAAUAAGUUUGUCCGAAGCCUUAAGUUGUUUCUCUUCAGUUGAUAUGCUAUCAGAAAAACGCUUUAUUAACAUAAGUUGUGAGAUGCAUAAGAAUGAAUCAAAAGUGAUUACAAUAUUACAUGGCCUACGUUACUAUGCUUCACUCUCAGUUAGAGAGCAUUUUUACACAAAACUUUAAAGUCAAUCCUGUAUGUUAAUUGCCGCUCAGAGCCUCGGCCUUUUCUGGGAAUUAUUUUUGUGCCUUGUUCAGUAGUUUUAUCUACUUAUAAACAUUGAUAUAUGUGCAAAUAGAUGUCACGUGUACUCAGUAAGAAAAUAUAUAGACCUAUAGUUGCUUUGUGAACCUUUUUAAGUCGCAUUUAUGUAAUUAUAGUGGGUGGAGUAUAGUACGACUUGGAAUUGGAAAUAUGUGCUACACUGUAAUUGUAAAAUUGUAUGGUUUUAUUUAAUUAAGGGAUUUUGAUAUUAAUGAUAAUUGUCAAUAUAACUUUGCUGUUAAUAUGUAUAAGUGAUUCAACUGGGAACAUACAACCAGCGUAACAUGGUUGACAGAUAUCUCAUUAUAUGACAGAACUUAUUUAUCAGUGCUGUAUCAUUUUAAUUUGUCUACUAUUUUACUUUGUAUUUUUUGCAUGUGGGAGUGUGACUAUAUAUUAUAGAUGUAAAUGCACAUAUAGAUGUGCUUAUUAUACAAAAUAUUACAAUUCUAUAUAUACAUAAACAGUGCUAAUUAUACCAACAAUACAAAGACGUACAAUCUAUCUAUCUUGUUUCUUAUAGUCGUGGGCUUUAGGGGGAAGUUGCAUAACAUUGCCCCAGCAUUGAUUACAGUGGGGUCAGUGCACUUCUUGGUGCAAAUUUGCUCUACAUGCGUCUGUGACAGACCAAAUACCUGUGGUGCAACCCCAACGUAGAGUAGCUAAUAAUAACCAAAACAGCUAUGAACGAGUUACGGUAUGGGUGAUAGUAAUCUUCAUUAUGCUCAAUGUUGCAUAGCUACCGUUACUAUAAACGCCCAUCACAUCCUGGAAUCGGUGAGAAACAAGGCCACACGAUGGCUCUCUUGCUGACACUUUCUGAUUGAACGAUGGCUGUAUAGUGCAUAUUAUUAAUUAAAUAAAGAGGGUCAAUAGCAAGAUAGGCAAUCAAUGUUAUUAUUUGACCAGGCUGCCCUAUCGUGCCGUCUCACGAGCCUAAAUCUAGAUCUGUAUUUUUUAUACGUUAGCAGUAUACCCUUUUCAGAACUACUAAACAGUAGAAUAGUCAAAGAAGAAAGAUAGUCAAUGGAUAUGUAUAACCUUUAUUUACAAUGCUACACCAUACAUCAAUUCCAUAAUUAUACCGACUCGAAACCAUUUAUAUUAUGUACGCUCCCACCCCCUCCAAUUUGACUUUGUCAAUAAAUGGCUGAUAUUACGACCAA